CUGCCGCAACAUCAACAGCAGCAGCUCAAAAGACAACAGCAGCUGUUUUUACGACGACAACAGCUGCACCAAUAACAACAGUUACUAAAACUACAGAUUUGGCUACAACAACCACAACUGCACCCACACCAAUCACUGCUGCUCUCACAACAACCAUGUCUGCCCCCUUUACAACCAGAGCUGGGGUUACGACGACAACAGCUGCACCAGUAACAACAGGUGCUGAAUCUACCAACACAGUUGCUUCCCCGACAACUACAGCUGCUGCCACAACAAACACAGCUGCACCAACAACAACCACAGCUGGAGUUACGACAUCAAAGGUUGCACCAACAACAAUAGCUGCUGAAACUACAGAUAAGGCUACAACAACCACAGUUUCACUCACAAAAACCAAAGCUGCUCCUACAACAAUUAUAGCUGCACCAACAACAUCCACAGCUACUCAAACAACAACCACAGAUAUAGCGACAACAACAGCUGCCCCCAAAGCAACCACAGCUGUACCUAAGACUACGAUAUCAACAACACCAACAACUGCCGCAACAACAACCACAGCAGCAACAAUAACAACCACAGCUGGUGUUAUGACAAUAACAGCUGCACCAAUACCAACAGCUAAUGAAACUAUAGAUACGGCUACAGCAAACACAGCUGCUCGAACCACAACCACAGAAGCACUAACAACAACCACAGCAGCUCCAACGACAACCACAGAUGGUGUUACGACGACAACAGCUAAGCCAAUAACAACAGCUGCUGAAACUACAGAUACAGAUACAACAACCACAGCUGCACCCACAGCAACCACAGCUGCUCCCAGAACAACCACAGCAGCACCAGAAACAACAACCACUGCUCCAACAACAACCACAGCUGCCCCUACAACAACCACAGAUAUACCAAAAACCAAUGGUGCACCCAAAAUGACCACAGCUAGCCCCAUGACAACCACAGCUGGUGUUACGAAGGCAACAGCUGCACCAAUAACAACAACUACCACAGCUGUCGCUACAUCUACAACAACACUAACAGCUGCUGCAACAACAACCACAGCUGGUGUUACGAUCACAACAGCUGCUGAAACUACAGAUACGGGUACAACAAACACAGCUUCACCCAUGACAACCACAGAUGGUGUGACGACGACAAAAGCUGCACCAAUAACAACAGCUAUUGAAACUAUAGAUACAGCUUUAUCUACCACAGCUGCACCCAUAACAACUCAUCCAACGACAACCAAAACUGCAGCAACAACAACCACAAAUAUACCAACAACCACAGAUGCCCCCACUACAACCACAGCUGGUUUUACGAUGACAACAACUGCAAAAAUAACAACAGCUGCUGAAACUACCACCACAGGUGCCUCCCAUACAACUACAGCUGCUGUCACAACAACCACAGCUGCAAAAACAUCAACCUCAGCUGUUGCUAUGACUACAACAGCAGCAGCCACAACAACAACCACAGCUGCAGCACCAACAACCACAUCAGCUCCAAUGACAACACCAGCUGGUGGUACGACAACAACAGCUGCACCAAUAACAACAGCUGCUGAAGCAACCACCAAAGGUGCCUCCCUGGCAACUACAACUGUUGCUGCAACAACCACAGCUGUCGCUGUCGCUACGACUACGAAAGCAACAACACCAACAACUACGGCAAUAACAACAGCAGCUCCAAAGACAACCGCAGCUGGUGUUAGGAUGACAACAGCUGCACCAGUGAAAACAGCUGCUGGAACUACAUAUACGGCUACAACAACCACAGCUAAACCCACACCAACCACAGCGGCUCUCACAACAACAACAGCUGCACGCAUGACAACCACAGCUGGUAUUACCACGACAACAGCUGCACCAAUAACAACAUCUUCUGAAGCUACCACCACAGGUGCCUCCCCAACAAGUAGAGAGGCUGCCACAACAACAACAGCUGCACCAACAACAACCACAGCUGGAGUUACAACAACAAAAGCUGCACCAAUAACAACAUAUGUUGAAACUACAUAUACGGAUAGAACAACCAAAGUUGAACCCACAACAACCACAGCUGCUCCCACAACAACCAAAGAAGCACUAACAACAACAGCUGUCGCUACGACUACAACAGCAACAACACCAACAGCUGUCUCAACAACAACUACAGCAGCUCCAACAACAACCAUAGACGGAAUUAUUAGUACAACAACAGCUGCAAAAAUAACAAGAGCUGCUGAAACUACAGAUACGGCUUCAACAACCACAGCUGCUCCAACAACAACCACAACUGCUGCAACAACAACCACAGAUAUACCAACAACAAUAGCUGCACCCACAACAACCUUAGCUAACCGCACUACAACCACAGCUGCCCCCACCACAACCGCAGCUAGUGGUAGGACAACAACACUUGCACCAAUAAAAACAGCUGCUGAAACUUCCACCACAGGUUCCUCCCCGACAAAUACAGCUGCUGCCACAACAACCACAGCUGCACAAACAUCAACCACAGCUUUCGCUAUGACUACAACAGCAGCAGCCACAACAACAUUAGCUGCCGCAACAGCGUCAGCAGCUCCAACGUCGAGAACAGCUUUAAAAACCACAGAUAUGCCGACAACCACCGCUGCCCCCACAACAACCACAGCUGCCCCCAUGAUAACUACAGCUGGUGUUACGACGACAACAGCAGGUCCAAUAACAGCUGCUGAAACUACAGGUAUGGCUACAACAACAACAGCUGCACCCACAUCAACAACAGCGACUCUCACAACAACCAUGGCUGCCCCCAUGACAACCACAUCUGGUGUUUUGAGGACAACAGCUGUGUCAAUAACAACAGCUGCUGAAACUACAGAUAAGGAUACAACAACCACAGUUGCAGUCACAAAAACCACAACUGCUCCAACAACCACAGCUGCUCCCAUAACAACCAGAGCAGCAGCAUCAACAACCACAGCUGCACCCACAACAACCACAGCUGCUCCCACUUUAAACACAGCUGCUCCCACAACAACCACAGCUACUCCAACAUCAACCAGAGCUGCUCCAAAAACAACCACAGAUAUACCAACAACCACUGCUGCCCCUACGAUAAACACAGCUGGUGUUACGACGAUAGAAGCUGCACCGAUAACAACAGCUGCUGAAACUACAACCACAGGUGUCUCACCGACAACUACAGCUGCUGCCACAACAACCACAGCUGUUGCCAUGAAAACUACAGCUGGUGUUACGACGUCAACAUCAGCACCAAUAUCAAGAGCUGUUGAACCUACCACCACAGCUGUCUCCCCGACAACUACAACUGCUGCCACAACAACCACAGCUGGACCAAAAACAACCAAAGCAGAUCCAAAAACAACCACAUCUGGAGUUACAAAAACAACAGCUGCACCAAUAACAACAGAUUUUGAAACUACAUAUACGGAUAGAACAACCAAAGUUGAACCCACAACAACCACAGCUGCUCCCACAACAACCAAAGAAGCACUAACAACAACAGCUGUCGCUACGACUACAACAGCAACAACACCAACAGCUGUCUCAACAACAACUACAGCAGCUCCAACAACAACCAUAGACGGAAUUAUUAGUACAACAACAGCUGCAAAAAUAACAAGAGCUGCUGAAACUACAGAUACGGCUUCAACAACCACAGCUGCUCCAACAACAACCACAACUGCUGCAACAACAACCACAGAUAUACCGACAACAAUAGCUGCACCCACAACAACCUUAGCUAACCGCACUACAACCACAGCUGCCCCCACCACAACCGCAGCUAGUGGUAGGACAACAACACUUGCACCAAUAAAAACAGCUGCUGAAACUUCCACCACAGGUUCCUCCCCGACAAAUACAGCUGCUGCCACAACAACCACAGCUGCACAAACAUCAACCACAGCUGUCGCUAUGACUACAACAGCAGCAGCCACAACAACAUUAGCUGCCGCAACAGCGUCAGCAGCUCCAACGUCGAGAACAGCUUUAAAAACCACAGAUAUGCCGACAACCACCGCUGCCCCCACAACAACCACAGCUGCCCCCAUGAUAACUACAGCUGGUGUUACGACGACAACAGCAGGUCCAAUAACAGCUGCUGAAACUACAGGUAUGGCUACAACAACAACAGCUGCACCUACACCAACAACAGCAACUCUCACAACAACCAUGGCUGCCCCCAUGACAACCACAGCUGGGGUUUUGAGGACAACAGCUGUGUCAAUAACAACAGCUGCUGAAACUACAGAUAAGGAUACAACAACCACAGUUGCAGUCACAAAAACCACAACUGCUCCAACAACCACAGCUGCUCCCAUAACAACCAGAGCAGCAGCAUCAACAACCACAGCUGCACCCACAACAACCACAGCUGCUCCCACUUUAAACACAGCUGCUCCCACUUUAAACACAGCUGCUCCCACAACAACCACAGCUACUCCAACAUCAACCAGAGCUGCUCCAAAAACAACCACAGAUAUACCAACAACCACUGCUGCCCCUACGAUAAACACUGCUGGUGUUACGACGAUAGAAGCUGCACCGAUAACAACAGCUGCUGAAACUACAACCACAGUUGUCUCCCCGACAACUACAGCUGCUGCCACAUCAACCCCAGCUGCAUCAACAACAACUAAAAAAGAUCCGAAGACAACCACAGCUGGAGUUACAACAACAACAGCAGCAAAAAUAACAACAGCUGCUGAAACUAGAGAUACGGCUACAACAACCACAGCUGCACCCACACCAAACACUGCUGUUCUCACAACAACCAUGUCUGCCCCCUUGACAACCAGAGCUGGAGUUACGAUGACAACAGCUGCACCAGUAACAACAGGUGCUGAAUCUACCAACACAGUUGCUUCCCCGACAACUACAGCUGCACCAACAACAACCACAGCUGGAGUUACGACAACAAAGGUUGCACCAACAACAAUAGCUGCUGAAACUACAGAUAAGGCUACAACAACCACAGUUUCACUCACAAAAACGACAGCUGCUCCUAUAACAAUCAUAGCUGCACCCACAACAUCCACAGCUGCUCCCACAACAAACACAGCAGCACCAACAACAACCACAGAUAUAGCGAUAACAACAGCUGUGCCUAAGAUUAAGACAGCAACAACGCCAACAACUGCCGCAACAACAACCACAGCAGCAACAACAACAACCACAGCAGGAGUUACGACAACAACAGCUGCACCAAUACCAAUAGUUGCUGAAAUUAUAGAUAUGGUUUCAACUACCACAGCUGUUCCAUCAAAACCCACUAAUGCAGCUACAACAAUCACAGAUAUACCGAAAACCACAGCUGCCCCAAUUACAACCACAGCUGGUGUUAUGACGAUAACAGCUGCAAAAUUAACAACAGCUGCUGAAACUACCAACACUGGUGCCUCCCAGACAAUUACAUCUGCUGCAACAAUGAUCAAAGCUGCAAAAACAUCAACCACAGCUGUCGCUAUGACUACAGCAGCCACAAAAACAACUGCUGCCUUAACAACAACCACAGCAGCUCCAACGACAACCACAGAUGGUGUUACGAUGACAACAGCUGCAAAAACAACAACAGCUGCUGAAACUACCACCACUGGUGCCUCCCAGACAACUACAGUUGCUGCAACAACGACCACAGCUGCAAAUCCAUCAACCACAGCUAGCUGGUGUUUUGAGGAUAACAGCUGUGCCAAUAUCAACAUCUGCCGAUACUACCACCACAAGUGCCACCCUGACAACUACAGCUGCUGCCACAACAACCACAGAUGGAUCAACAACAACCACAGCUGGAGUUACGACAACAUCUGCACCAAUGACAACAGCUGCUGA